AUGAAGACGCAACUGCAACCCAUAUUCUCAACCUAUAUCCCAGAGCUUGAUGUUGUUUCGUAUUUGAUGCUCGAGCGAUCUUGGCAGUUCGCAACCGUGACUCUCUUAAUCUAUGAUGCCAUGGUGACACUAGACAAAGAGACUGAGUUCUUCUGGGGGAAAUCACUCAAAUAUCCUAUCCAGAAUCGAUAUACUGGUAUUUUCGGAGCAAUAUCACGUAUAUUCAUGGCAGAACUAAAUGUGAAUUCAAUUCACAGAUGUGGAUACUCUGGUUGGACAUUCAAUAUCUCCAAUAUUCUCAUGGUUCGAGUCCUGGCCUUGUACUCGCGCCCAAAAUCACUUUCAAUAUGUCUCAUAGCUUUUCUCGUUUUGGAGGCAGCUGCGAAAGCUUGCCUUAGUAUCUAUUUAUCAUGGGAACAGCACGUCUCCAGCGUACAAGUGGCAGAGAAUAUUUCGGCCUGCAACGUGAAUGUUCCUAAUUUGACAGUAAUGAUUAUCGACUGGUCGGUUCCAAUGGUGUACGGCUUGGUUCUCAUGCUGCUUGCACUAUACAAAGCUGCAGAGUACUGGAGAAUGUCAGCCGGACUUAAAGGGUUUAAGCUUGUUGAGAUUCUCAUCCGCGAUCAGAUGAUAUAUUUCUUUCUUGCAGUGUCAUGCUGUGUUUUAAACAUUAUGCAACUUUAUAUACAGCCAAAGAGCAACAAUCUAGCAUCUUUCCUUGAACAAGCCGGAAGCCCGUCAUUCCUAUGCAUCCUGGGCAGCCGACUAUUCUUCAACAUGAAGGAAGCCGGGAAACUUGGAGUCAACGAAGGUACAAGCUAUCGCAUGAAAUCCUUGAGUAACAUCGAAUUUGAGCGUGCUGCGCCUGCCAGGAAUGAAGUUAGCAUUGGCUUUGUAUCAACGGCCGAGGAUGUGUAA